AUUAAAUUCAUAUCUAGUUCAUACUUUUAAAAAAUGGCGAUAAAAUCUGUUACCCAAAAGAGGAAACUGAAUCAAAUAAAUGAUAAGGAGUUGAAGUUUGAGAAGAUGCCACGUAUCUCGAAAGAAUUCAAUUCUAAAGGAUCUAAAAAGAAAGAAAAGAAGUUUAAUUCAAAUCUUCUUCCUAUUAAAGUUGCUUCAGGCAAAGUACUUCAGCAAAGUGUUAGUGAAGAUGAAGAAGAGGAAGAAGAAGAAGUGGAAGAGCUGAUCUGUGAAGCUCCAGAGGUCCAAAAUGAGAAUGUGUCCAAAGAACCUGCUCUAACCACGAAGGAUCUUUUGUUAAAAAGGAAAAAAAAUAUCCAAGAAGCAAAGUCAAAGAUUUCACAAUUGGCAUCUGAUAUACUCGCCGAACCACAGAAAAGUUUAAAAAUGAUUAAAGAUUUGCGGCUGAUGAUGGAGAACCGAGAAUCUCCAGAGAGCUAUUACACUAUAAAGAAGCUUGUCACUGUUUCUCUAGCUUGCCUGUUUGUUGAUAUUCUACCUGGUUACAGGAUACGUGAAAGAACAGAGCAGGAGAAGGCGGUAAAGUUAAGUAAAGAGGUAAAAGCAUUAACUGAGUAUGAAGAUGGUCUACUGCACCAAUACCAGCAGUACCUACAGUCAUUGGAAAAAAUGAUUAAGAUGCGACGUCGAUAUGGAAAUAAAAAUCCUGCAACACGGGCCCAGUUAUCUAUGAGUGAGGUUGCAGUGCAAGCGAUGUGUGAUUUGUUUAAGCAUACAUCACACUUUAACUUUCACAACAACAUAACAGUGGUUUUGGUACCAAUAGCCAAUGAUGAUAGGAACCCAAAGGUUCGGAAAAUAUGCUGUGAUGCUUUAGAGGCAAUCUUCUUAUCGGACAAACUGGGUUCUUCCAUUCUUGCUGCAGUUAAGGCUAUCGCAAAAGUUUCUAAAGAAAGAGGGCCAAACAAACUCAGGGCAGAGUUUUUGAACACACUUUUGAAGUUAAAGAUUAAUCAAGUUGAUUAUUCUCUCAUUAACCAUAAGAAAACAAAGCAGGAAAAGAUGGAGGCAAAGCGGGAAAAGAAAAAAAUGUCAAGGAGAGAAAUCAAGCAAAUGAAAAAGCAGAAGAAACUUAAAAAUGAAUUAAAAGAGGUUGCUGCUGCUGAAGAUCACGAUGAGAAGAUGGCUUUGCAUACUGAAACUAUUCAGCAAGUAUUUCUUAUAUAUUUUAGGAUUCUUAAACAUAAAAAGGGAGAUUUGGAUGGAUCGCAGGCUGUACUACCAGCAGUGCUUCAAGGCUUAGCCAAAUUUGCACAUAUGAUUAACAUUGAUUUUUUCUCGGAUCUUUUCGCGGUUCUGCAAUCUCUGGUCUCACAGCAAACUCUACCACUCCAACAAAAUGUACAUUGCAUUUUUACUGCAUUUACUAUUUUAUCGGGUCAGGGAGAGAUUUUAAAUAUUGAUCCUGUAGACUUGUACAAAAUGCUCUUUUCUUUGUUGCAUGAAGUGGUUAUGAAUGCUCCACAUUUAAAAAAGAAAAACAAGGAUGUUACUAAGGAAGAUUUAGACAUGAUUUUAAUGUGUGUCUCUAUUAUGCUUAACAAAAGAAGAAAGCAAAUCACACUAAAUUCUCUUAAUUCCUUUAUCAAAAGACUGUCAACCAUUGCAGUUCAUACCGAACAAUUCAAACACACUGUUAAGAUAUUAGAAGAAAUUCAAAAGCUGUUGAACAGCAAUAGCAAGGCAUUGUCUCUUUUUGAUUCCUCAUCCCAAAGUUUUGGAACUCACAACCCUUACCUGGACGAUCCAGAAAAAAACUGUUCCCAAGCUUCAUGCUUGUGGGAAAUGCACUUGCUUAGGAGACAUUAUGCCACUUCAAUUAAACAAACGGCAUUUCAAAUUUUAAGAAAAGCAUCAAAGGAACAAUAAAGACUUUUUUCAAUAGUUUUGUGUGUUCGGUGUCUUAUGGUUUAUUUUGAAUUCUACUGUACCAUUGAUUUCAAAACCAAAUAUGAUGCAUAUCGGAAAUUCAAAAAUAACUAAUAACAAGUUUUAAUAUAUUACCUGUAUACCACUUUCGGUUUAAAUUCUAAAAACUAAUCGAUAAAUAAGUUGCUAUGUGUCUAAACCUCUGUAACCAAAGUAUAAUUCUUAAUAUAUUACGAUUGGUUUUCAGUCAAACUACAGGUGAAGAAAAUAAAAAUUAAGAUAUGCGGACAUAUGGGCAUUGCAAAAACAAUUAAAAUGUAUUAGCGGCUUGUGCUGGCCAAAUUUUUAUGUGGCACAUCAUUGGUGUGUGUGUGUUGAUCCAUGACGUCAUACCACCAAGUCUAGCAUUUUAGUUUUGUGUUAUAGUACUGUGGGGUAAGAUGUACAUUUUUGGCACAUAGUAUUUAAAUAUCCUUAGUGCGUUUUAAACAAUUAACAACAGUCAACGGGAGUCGUGGGGAGAUCCGGGUUUCUAAUUCUUUGAAUGUUCUUUGUUUACUAUAUUAUGA